AUGAGUCUCAAUCAGCUUUACGACUGGUUCGAAUCCCACAUGGACGAUGGCGUGCCCUGGGUCAAGAGCAGCAUCCGCCACACUCUCUCUGUACACCAGGCAUUCACCAAGAGUCAGAGCGGCCGGUCGAAUUGGCGGCUGUCGUCGAACCUGCAACAUAACGUUCAAUCGAUGAGUCAGCCUCAUAAGUCCGCCACACCAUCUUUUCACCCCGAAUUCUCUUCGAAACCAGGGCGGCACGAGACCACUUUCGACGAUCAUUGGCUUGGAGCCCCUCUCGAAAGUAUACCCGAGCUAGGUGGAACUUCAGCGUUUGCAUCGCAUAUCCCAAUUGCCACCGUAGAGGAGCAAUCAGUCGUGGACAACACAGGUCUGCUUCUCGUGCCUGCUGAGUGA